CGGUCUUUCUACUCUCCUCUCUCUCUCUCUCUCUCUCUCUCUCUGCUUUCGUCUCCGGAAGGCCUGACUUGGAUUCAAUGGCUUCCGCAGCUGCCGCAUCCUCCGCCCUCUUCUACGCCAACCCUACGCUGCACGCCGGCUUCCAGGACAUGAGAGCGAAAACCCCCACGGCGGAGUUCCUCCAUCUGUCUGCUAAGUUCUCGGACGGAUUGCCCACGUCCGCCUUUCGGGUCCUCAAGCACCCCUCCCGGUUGCGUCAAAACCUUGGAUCUGUGGGAAGACCAGGGAGGACUCCCGGUGUGGCCUAUGCCACCGCUGCCACCGAGAAGAGAGUCCAUGAUUUCACCGUGAAGGAUAUUGAUGGCAAGGAUGUUUCUCUCAACAAAUUCAAAGGAAAGAUUCUGUUGAUCGUUAACGUUGCUUCAAGAUGUGGAUUGACAUCAUCAAAUUACUCUGAGCUCUCUCACAUUUACGAGAAGUACAAGACCCAAGGAUUUGAGGUUUUGGCCUUCCCUUGCAAUCAAUUUGGGGGACAAGAACCUGGAUCAAAUUCAGAAAUUAAACAGUUUGCCUGUACAAGGUUCAAAGCAGAUUUUCCUAUUUUUGAUAAGGUUGAUGUUAAUGGACCAAAUGCUGCACCAGUUUAUCAGUUUCUCAAGUCUAGUGCUGGAGGAUUUCUAGGGGAUCUUAUAAAGUGGAACUUUGAGAAGUUCUUGGUAGAUAAGAAUGGGAAAGUUGUGGAGAGAUAUCCACCAACAACUUCCCCUUUCCAGAUCGAGAAGGAUAUCCAGAAACUCCUUGCAGCAUAAGUACUUUUGAACCAGGACGAAUGGGAAUAGAACUUGAAGACAAUCUUCUGUCUCAUGUAUUCAGUAGUAAACGUGCAGUUGUAUGGAUCCAUGGAUAUGCCAACUUUGAUGGUUUUGUAGAUUAUCUUCAGAAAGUUUUAUUUAUUAUUUGAUACAAUUUCCACAUAAAUAGUAGUCAAUGAAGUUUUAUUUUAGAUCACAGAUGGCAUU